GCCUGGGGAAGGGAGCGGUGUGCGAGCUGGCAGCGUCGCCCUCGGCGCCUCUGCAGGUGAGCGGUCCAGCUGUCGCGGAAGCCCGAGUUGAGGGACGCGCGCUCGGCCGCGAAGAUGGCGUACUCCGCCACGGUCUCGAAGCGGGUGAAGCGCAAGGCGCCCCGCGGCUUCCUCAAGGGCACCGUCAAGCAGAGGAAGCCGCACCUCCGCCUGGAGCGGUGCAGCGACCUCCUGAUUCAUCUGAAUUGCAUACUCUUUGUUCAUCGGUUGGCAGAAGAGUCCAGGACAAAUGCUUGUGAGAAUAAAUCUGGAGUUAUCAAAUGGGAUCAUGUACUGGCUGCAGCCAAGGUAAUUCUGAAGAAGAGCAGAGGUUAGAGGUCAACAUGUGUUUAAGAGUGACAUGUGUGUUAAUUUAAUUGGGAACAGAUCAUAAAAGCACAUCGUAUGUAUCAGUUCAUAUUGUGGCUCGUUAAAACAUUGCCUAGAUGUGCAGUGUGUACAGUUUACUUUUUAAAGGCUUCAUGUUCAUUCAUUAACGGCUUCUCAGCUCCCUUCUGUGUUGCUGCUCUCGUGCACCACAUCGCACUGCAUGAAACACUCAACUUCGGCUGUAUUCACAAAGUAUUUCUGUUUAGUUUUGUGCUACACUAAUAGUAACAGUAACAUUUCUCACUUAGAAGAUUGUAAGCAUCAGCUAAAGAUCUUACAAACCUGUUUCCCUAUGUAAAGCACAACAAGAAGUUUUGAAGCAAACUAACCUGCUUUCUUCACAUACUGGAAUCUAGUAGAUAAGACAUUUUCCCACAGCAGCAUUUCAGUUCCACAGAGAUCUUCUUGGGUCUCUUACACUCAUUCAGCUGCCACAUCUUCUACCAGACUGCCACCCUAACCGACUCUUCUCCACCUCUAUAAUUACGAGAAUGGUAUAUAAAUGGAAGCUUGUAAGAAACAACCUGUGGAGACUCUAUGUUAUGCAGUAAUAUCCUUGUGUUCUCUUCAAGUCAUUGCAUGUGUUUGGUGCUGCAUGGUGUGGAUGCACCAAAUUUUGUAUAGCUGCUUAUUGAGGAACAUUUUGAUAUGUCUAAUUUGGGGGUUAUUAUAAAUAAAAUUUUAUGAAUGGUUGUAAACAGGUUUUUCUUAAUGUGUAUGAGUUUUCAUUUUUUUUUCUGGG